AUCAUUUGUAUAUUCCAUUAUUUCCUUUUUUUGAGCUUUUACACAAAUAGAAAAUAUCAUAUCCUUGCAUUUGUACCAUGUUUCUGUUUCUGCCUCAUGUGGGUUUGUUGCUUCUACAUUUUGGAAUCAAAGAUGCUGCGUGUAGAAGGAAUAACAAAAUCCCUGAUGUUAUUAAAGCUAGAUUAGGAGAACCACUUACUUUAGACUGCACCUACAACUGCUCCUCUGGCUUCAUUCGCGGUUCUUGGGAAUUUGAAAAAACGCCAGAAUGUGGCACCUGUUCGUGGUCUGUAAGCGAAAAAAACAUGAGUGAAGACAUGUGUAUUGUGAGUUUUAAAACACUUAAUCUGACCCUAGAACAGACCCAGUAUAAUUACUCGUGUUACUCCAUAAAGACUGAUUAUCAAGGCAUCCCUCGUUUGCUGGAACGGCUCGUUUCACUUCAAAUCCAAGAUACCACCUCAGGACCAGUCAUCCCUCGUGAAGUAUCUCUCGGCAUAAAAGUGGAGAUUUACCAAAAUCAAAAGAAGUUAAACAUAUCUUCAUAUUCCAUCCAAGUGCCAGUGGGAGACAAACUAAAUCUAGAAUGUCUUUCUACCAAUCACCUAUGUGAAAGCCAGUGGAUGAGGGAUGAUGCAAAUCACACAGACGACAUCUCUGGGCCACUGAUAGAAUGGAACGAAAUUACAGAAGAUGAUGAAGGAACGUACACAUGUCACACAAAGCAGCUCUGUACCAGCCAGAGGAUUAGUGUAGUGGUGGAUGUCAUUAGAAAAGAUGAAUUUGGAUGGAUCAGGCCAUUAGCAGCAGGUGCAUUGUGUGUAGCAGUGAUGCUACUAUUUUUACUGAUAUAUCUGUGCUACAAAAAGAGAGGGAAGGAUAUGUUGGUUGCAGAGGAUUCAACAACUGUAAUCUAUGAAAAUACAAGAAGCAAAAAUGACAGAAUGAUCCACAGACCUAUAGUACAAGACAGCCAGAGCGAUCAUGAAGUCCCUUAUGCUGACAUUGUGAUUUCUGUAAGAGGGUCCAGUAUUCCAGAGCUCACAGGACUCCAUGGCCAAACUCCACGAGAUCAUAGACUUAGAUGGAGGGAGGAGGCCACGGGCGUCUCUCAUUUACAGGUUUGUCACUCUGCUGACAGACUACACGUUCAUCCCAGAGAGGUCAGCAGGAAACUAAGCACAACCUCUGAAUAUGCCGUCAUUACAUACUCCACAGAUGCACUUAAUUAGUUUAAAUACAUACAAGCUUUUUUGCAUGUAAAUGAAAAUGAAUGACAUUUUUUUAACAUUUAUAAAAAACUAUGCUGCUUGCUUGUGCUUUCCUUCUUUUCACAUACAUUUUAAAUUGUAAAAUGUACAUUUUGUGUGUAAUCACGAAUGCAUUCAAUAAAAUAUUUAGUACUUAUUGCAA